AUGGGACAUAAGAAGAACAAGUUACAGAAACAAAAAAAGGAAAAACAAUUAUGGGGAGAUGAUGAUUCAACAGUGCAGCCUCCAUCCUCCUCGUCUUCCUCGUCGGAAAAGAAUUAUUUCAAACUAUUACAUGAUGACUGUAGAGAAAUGGAACAUACCAUUCUGGAUCAUGAACCAAAACAAUAUUGUCAAAAGAAGAAGAAACAGCAGAAGGUGGACGAAGAGGAAAACAUUUCUAACAAAACAAAGAAAAAAAAAUCAAGAGAGAAACAAGUCCAAGAUGAAUCAUUAGAUAGUACGAGUGUAGACGCAGAGUCUUCACUUUCCCAGAAAUCAAAGAAAAAGACAAUGUCUAAUUUGGACUAUAUCAACAUUCUGGAAGAAACAUUAACAGAAGAAGAAAAAAAUGAAUUUUUCAAUGUCACACACACCACUCGACAAUUAAUAUCAUCCACACAGGAUUUACAAAAAUCAAUGAGUGAAUAUUCAACAUAUUUGAACAAUAUGUUAUUGAAUAACAAUUCUUCAAAUAAUUCCUCGAGUUUCGUUAUGUCCAGUGAUGCAACUGCUGAAUUGUUGACACUGGAGCUUUCCAAGCAUUACGAGUUUUUUAAAUGUAAUUCAUUUAACAGAAAUGAGAGCUUGGCAGCAAUAGUCGUUCUCGUGAGCAAAAUUUCAAAACGAAUUUUCAGCAGAGAUGAACGAAAUGCUUUCUAUGUAUGCAAGGUAUUGAACUUGCUUUGUAACAUGAUGACACGUCUUGCGCCAGCAUUGAAUGAUUGUGAAGAGUACAGUCAAAUUGUAGACGAACUUGCUUUCAUAUUGUACAAAUUUGCAGAGCAUGCAAAAGCACGAUAUGUCAUGCUGGCCACUGGAGUGUUUUACUCGCUCUGGAUGGUUGCUCAGAGUAGCAAGAAUGAUGCCACCAUAGUACAUGUGAAUGAAGUAAUGGAACUAUUGGGUGGAGCAUUAUCGAUGGGAUUUGACCUGGGAAAUCUACUGGUACACUCAAACAAGUAUUCACGUGAUGUUGAAUACCUUAAAUCAACUUUAAGUGCUUAUGGAGAGGCCGAAAGCACUGCAGACACCUCGGGAAGUUUUCCAGACACUUUUAUUGGUUUCUCUAACAAUGAGAGUGAAAUUUAUGUCACAGAAAACGAUUUUAAUGUGAGCGUUCAUUAUGCCAUUGUUUCUUCACGAUCAAAUUUUCUUUCAAAGAAUUGUUUAAAGUGGAAUCCAACAACCAACGUAUUAAGCACACAUGAAACUGGUCCAGGUUAUUACUUGUUGGUAGAUCCUGAUAUUUCAUGGUAUGCCUUAUUGAAAUUCUUGCAAAUUAUUUACUCGGACAAGUUGUCUGCCUCCCUUGAAGAGACCAAAAAACUACGAACAACAGCAGAGAACCCAAAUAACUUUUCUGUUGAACAAAAACUUAUAUCUGAAGGUCUACCAAAACUUUUCAGCACUCUGUAUAAUGAAAAGACACGUACCAAUGCAACCAACUGUUUAGAAUCUCUUGGUGAAACAAAUGAUGAGUCGGUUGUUGCCAUGCAAUCUCUUUUCGAUGAUUUUGAUGAACAAUUACUUAAGGAUGAAAUGAAUUACUUCUUUGGAAAACCAAGCUUUAGCCUAUCAUGGUAUUAUUAUUAUACUGCACCUCCACCACCUCAAACAAACACGUUCAGCACUGACUUUCUGAAAAGAAAAACCAAGAUUCGACAGCAUGCGAUCGUGUUGAAUGGCAUUGAGGAUGACUUGUCGACACUUUUCAACAACCUUGUCCGAACAUCGUUUGAACGAGACGGAAUAAUUGAUCAAAAAGCUUUUGAAAACUUUUAUCCUGAUAUCAAAAUUACCACAGAUACUGAGGAUUUACAAGAAAUUGACUUUAUUUUACAAGAAGAAUUGGAAAAUAAUCCAUUAUUUGCUCACGUACUUGAAUGCAAAGGCUUUUAUUUACAUAGGUCUAUUAUUUCAAGUAGAAGCGAAUUUUUCAAAAAGCUACUGCAAUAUGAAGGCACAUCCAACGAAGACUCCAACACUUCUCGAAUUGAAACUUGUCACAUCAACAAUUUUUCACUUUCUACCUUAUUUGUUGUGUUUCAAUUUAUUUAUGGUGGUUUAAGGGAAGACAUGACCAUGUAUUCUGAGAAUAUUGUAGAGGUGUUUUUGGCAGCCGAUUUAUUUCUCUUGUUUGGUUUGAAAAAGUUUUGCGAACAGAAAAUUUGUGAAAAUAUUACUGUGGAGAAUGUGGAGCAGCUUUAUUCAAUUUCCAUCAUUUACAACUCUGAACUGAUACGAGAAAAGUGCAAAGAAUUGAUGUUUCAAAACAAUAUUCCUUUCAGUACAAAUAUUAAAAAUUUUAAGCAAUAUUGA